CACCAAUCAGCUGAUGUCCAUAGCCGCCUGAUGUUACCUGUCACAGAACCAACAGCCCAAAGAUCAAGACACAAACCCAUGUUUAUCUUCAAAAAUCACGCAUUAGAUGUGUAAAGAGUGAACACAUUGAAUUGUACCUCAUUAGUUCAUUGAAAAGAUUAUUUAGUUUGUUGCCUACUUUUCACUUGCCAUGGCUUCUGAGACCAAUCCGACGUUCGAGGUUGGCGACCAUGAGGCUUUCAUGGAGUUUGCCCUCACUCAAGCCAAAAAGUCGCCGCCAGCUGGCAACAAAUUCUGCGUCGGGGCCGUACUCGUCGACGCGGCCAAAGGCAAGGUCCUAUCGACAGGCUACUCGCUUGAAUAUCCGAGAGACUACAAAGGAGAUCCGGGCACCACGCACGCAGAGCAGUGUUGUUUUAUCAAGAUCGCCGACGAGCACAACCUUCCCGAGGAACGCAUACAUGAAGUUCUUCCACCAGAUACCGUGCUGUACACAACCAUGGAGCCAUGCAACGAGAGACUAAGCGGGAACAUGACUUGCGCGACCAGGAUAUUGAGACUCAAGGGCGCUAUCAAGACUGUGUAUGUGGGGAUCAGGGAACCAGGAACGUUUAUUGCAAACAAUGACGGACAGGAAAGACUCGAGGCAAACGGUGUCAAGGUCGUGUAUCCCGUCGAACAUUGGCAUGACAGGAUCACCGAGAUCUCAAUGGCAGGACACUGAAAGACUUAAAUUGGUUUCGCUAAGAUAAAGAAUGAGGCUGCUGGUGCACCGGAACGGCCCGUAAAAGCCGCUAGAUUUUGAUCAACUCUUCACUCAUUAUAGGCGAGCGUUCUAAACACAUAAAUGCAUGGUAUAAAGAGCUGCGGUCUCAUUACAUCCUCUCACAGAACUCCUGCUUCGUACUUAGUAGA